GCCACCCCCAAAGAGAUGAGAGGCCAUAAAGAGGCAAAGCAGCGAUCAAAGCACACCGCUGAAACUCUUUGUUCUUGAUGCUCGAAUAUAAACAUAUAUAUAUAUAUACAUACACUUCUCUCUGGAAACAAAUUUCUGUGUCAGAGUUCACUUGUUGCAGAAAACAUCAACGAAAGUGGGAAAACUUCUGGUCUGAUCUUGUUUAUCUUCUCUGUGAUUGAUCAAAAUACUCCCUUUUACUUCUAAAAUUGUCAAUUGAUCCGAAAACAUGGGUCUCUCAAGUCUUCCAUCUCCAUCUGAAGGAAUGCUGUGUGUGCUUUUGGUAAACACUGCCUUAUCAAUCUCCAUUUUCAAAGGGAUAGUCCGGUCGAUCCUUCACAUUGUUGGCAUCCAUUUAUCAUCCUUCUCCUCAUCAUCAUCAUCUUCAACCCACUCACCAGAUUACACUGAAGACCUCACAGAAUCAUCUGAAUUUCCUUUACCUCCAUCAGACGCGUACAUUAGGGAGUUUCGGAGCAAGAAUCCUGCCACUCGAUUUGAAACAAUGUGUAGCUAUGAACAGUCUCAGCAACAUGACUGCUCAGUUUGCUUGACACAAUUCGAGCCAGACUCGGAGAUAAACUGCUUAUCCUGUGGCCAUUUUUUUCAUAAGGCAUGCUUGGAGAAAUGGUUGGAUUAUUGGAAUGUUACUUGUCCGCUUUGCAGGUCUCAUGUGAUGCCUGGAGAAGACUAUGCAUCUUGCUUUUGGUGAGCAUAUACUCAAACUUUGCUAGUCUCAGGAAAUGUUCAUGUACAGCAUGUAGUGUACAGGUACUUUACUCGAGCGUAUCAGCUACGGCUCGCUACUGUAUACUUGUGUUUCGUAGGAGAUUAAGUAGACCAUAAAAUUUUAUUGUAUAUAUUGCAAGGUUUAUGAUAUGCUCUGCAUCUAUCCAACUCUGGUUUCCAGCCUUUUCCUUUUGAA